AUGUUCUAACCAACUCAAACACUCUCUCCACUUUAAGAGAAAAAAUUAUUGGUUCGAAGCUUUCCGGCGACAAUGGCGGUUGAUUCAGGCGCCGCUUCCAGUCAGAUGCUCAAGAGCCCUAAGAAGAACAUCAAAUCCCAACAAGGCGCUCCGCUUUCUCCCAAGGCGAAGCGGAAAAGCUCACCAGGAAUCCGCCUUGUCGGUGGUCGGAUUUAUGAUUCCGUCAACGGUAAAACUUGCCAUCAGUGUCGCCAAAAGACCAGGGAUUUUACUGCAGCAUGCAAGAACCAGAACAAUAACAAGCCCUGUACGAUUAUGUAUUGUCAUAAAUGCCUUUUGAACAGGUAUGGUGAGAAGGCAGAAGAAGUAGAUGCUUUGGGAGAGUGGAGCUGUCCGAAGUGUAGAGACAUUUGCAACUGCAGUGUGUGCAUGAAGAAGAAAGGUCAACAACCUACUGGUAUACUUAUUAAUACGGCGAAGAAAACUGGCUUUUCAUCUGUUUCUGAGAUGUUGCUUAAAGGAGGAGCUCAACAUUUGAGUCGUGAAAAAGAUGUUGCAGUGAUUGCUGCUUUGCCAAAGAAGGAAGUUGUCCCUUCACCCAGAAAGCGGGGGAAAGAAAAUUCUUUUGAUGGAAAAGUUGAUGCAAAUAUGCCAAAUGACACUGACAAGAAGUCCAAGAAAGUUAAGAAGGGCCACAAAGGCAAUAAGGAUGAUCUUAUGUCAGAAAUGCACGACUCCAAUAAGAAUAUUGGAACUGAAGGUACUGGUUCAUGUGGCAAUAAGAAAAAAAUGAAGAGGGAUAGAUCUUCUGAGAUGGAAAAUACUAAAGAUAAUGAUGAAAUAUUGAAGGAUAAGAGUGUAAAUGAAGUAGAGAAAAAACCAAAAAAGUCAAGGAAGGAGUUGGAGAAAGAUGAUAGUAAGCAGAGUGUAAAUGAAGUAGAGAAACAACCAAAAAGGUCAAGGAAGGAGUUGGAGAAAGACGAUAGUAAGCAGAGGGAUGUCAUUCCAGAUGCCAAUGUGAAUUGUGGAAUCACAAUGACCGGGAAAGAUGUUACAAAGCCCUUAGGAAAGGAUAACACAACGGGAGAUGAAAUUGAGUCUGCAAAUACACUGGUUGUUUUAAAGCAGCAUAAUGCUAAUAUAUUCCCAGACAUACCUAUGCCUCUGGGGACAGAAUUAAACAAUGUGGCUGGGUUUGCUGUAUCGACAGAAGAUGUUGGAAAUGCAUUGCAGUUUUUAGAAUUUUGUGCUGCUUUUGGAAAGAUACUAGAGGUGAAAAAGGGACAACCAGAGCAUGUUCUUCAAGACAUGUUCCAGGGGAGAGCUGGACGCCGAGGAAAAUUUUCUGUGACAGUUCAAUUUCAUAUCCUCCUACUAUCCAUUUUACAGACAGAGCAAGGGGAAGAAUGUGGAGAACUAAGUCCAUCAGUUGAAAAAAACUCAUGGUUCAGUGCACUUAAGAACUGCUUCUCUGAGUCUCAAAGCUUUGUUAAAGCUCAGGGACUGGAUUGUUUAGAGAGGGCAUCUGAUUACGAAUCUCUAGAACCUUCUGAAAAGCUCAGGCUUUUAAAUUUCCUCUGUGAUGAAAUUCUUGAAACUGAAAAGGUGAGGAGUUGGAUCGAUGAGCAGAACACAGAAUUUGCUGAAAAAGCCAAGGAAGCUAGACAAGAAGUUUUUGCUGCAACGCAGAAGGAGAAAACUUUGAAGCAGAAAAUGAAAGAUGAUAUUGCUGAAGCCAUUAUUGCCAAGCAUGGAGCUCCUCUUUCGAUUUUAGAGCAUGAAACCAUUGUCUCCAAUAUUAAACGGGAAGCAGAAGAAGCUCAUGCCAAGGUGCUUGAGUCAAAGGGCAUACUUCUUGAAAAAAGUCGGACUUGCAAAGCUAUACGAAUAGAGCCUUUGCUUGUGGAACAUGGUGGUAAUGCAUACUGGAAACUGAAUUGUUUUGGCAAUGUACUGCGCCAGCAUGUUGGAAAGGGAGACACUCUUACAUUAAAUGAGAACUGGUUCUCUAUUGACGAUGAAGGAAAAGAAGCAGUUCAGAAGCACAUUGACUCUUUGAGCGUAAAAAGGCAGAGCUUCCGAUGUAGACAAAACUGAAGGCACAUGGCUGAUGGGAAAAUGUGUGCUGCUUCUGCAAAAUAUGGGUGAAAUGUGUUCUCCCUAUUUUGUUUGUUGAAUUUUGUAGAAGAUAUUCUGACAAGCAGGACUUGGAAGCAUUUGGAAAUGAAAUAUGUUUGUGGUUAAGGAAAAUAUGAAUCAUGUGUAGUUUUGGGUGAUCACUCUUUUUUUGGUUUGGAAAAGAGUCGUAGAGAGCAGAAAUCAUUAGAGAUAAUGCUUAACUGAUUGUAAUUGUCAACGUAUGUUUUUUCUGAAGCUGUAAAACUUAAAAGUUUAAUUUCAAUCGUAUGGAUGUUGUAUCA